AUGAAAAUCGAAGUUGUCCAGUCGGGCGCCGUAUCAAAGUCUUCCUCUGCUUCGAGCCUGCAAAUAGCGGACGUCUCUCAUUUACCGGUAAACGCGAAAAUCGUGAAAUAUACCGUGACAGAAUCUUUGCCUACCGGUGGCGGCGAAAAAAUAACCACGUACGGGGAAACUGGCCCAACUUCAACCGAAUAUAGACAUUUCAUUUCUAAAGAUGCUGCCAAUCAUUCCGCGGAAAUCCAACAGUUGAGUUCGGUUCUCAACCAAUCAAUUACGAAUUUGGACCAGUCGAAUUUAUCUCAUCAUUCCGGGUCAACGUAUACCGUAACAGAACCCAUGGACGAACUGAAGCUGACCUACAACAAGAACGAUUCGGCGUGGAACGGUAAAUUUGUUAUUGAACAACCACUUGAAAAGGGUAAGAAAACGAAAAAUCAAAUUGUUAAAACCGGCGAUACAGUAGUAGAGCAUUCCUCUUCGUCAACUUCACAUGAAGAAAGAUCAUCGAUGGAAAAAAGCUCUUCUAGUAGUUAUGUUUUAGAAAUAGUAGACGGAAAAGAACGAAUUAUUGACAAAAAACAUCAUGACUCUGUGAAGUCAGCUCAGUCGAGCAAUGACGAGCAUUUAAUAACCAGAGGUGGAACAAAUAUCACCCCCGAAGUACAUUUCAAACAAAAAGCUUCUAAUAGUUCCACUCGGUAUGACUCAGAUGUUCCUGAGUUCCAGAAACCCAAAACAAAGUCAUCCACGGCUGUGCGAGAAAUCCAUCAAGUAGGCGAUCAAACUACUUCUUCCUCAGAUAUUCAACACGGUACUAAAACAAUCACAGAUGAUAGGAAUUCUAUCAAGUCUGACACCAAACAUUUUCUUGAUAAUGAAAAGACUGAUUCGAUAAAGCAACAAAGAAACUCAAAAGAUAUCCAUGACGCUAGAACAGAGAGUAUUCAAUCUAAAAAUGUAGGUGCUACUACUACCACAACUACUACCACCACAUAUUAUGAUUCUAAAGGGAAUGUCAUCAAAACAUUAGUUGACGUUGAUACAGAAAACACACCAGGUUCCUCAACCUCUCAAGAAAGAGUGACGCGAGAUAAUACGACAGAAUCGAGCGAUGUAAUCCGCUCAGAUGAAAGAAAUUACGAGCAAGCUUUUCGAGGCACUAAUGUGCCAUCGACUUCAACUCCGAAGAAAACAUUUCCAACUCAAGGCAAAACGAAAUUUGAAGACACCAACAAAUCAACAACCCAAUUAUCAGCGACUGAAAGUGAUCAAAUAAUCACAGAUACUUCAAUUAAUAUCGUCGAUAAUGCGAUGAGAAAUGCCCAAAUGUCGACUAACUCCAAAGACUUCUAUGGGCACUCUGUUGAUUCAUCUGGAACUGUUGUUCGCAAUGUUUAUGAUACGAAUGCUAUACAAAAUACAAUUGGUGUCAGAGGAAAUGUUAUCAUGGACAAUACAAUAGACAAUACCGAUAUUGUUUACUCAAAUGACAGAAAUUACGGAAAAACCGGUUGGAAUGGUCAGUUCACAUACGAAACGUCCCAAGACCGAAAUGGAACUGUUCCAACCAACGACAACAAACCGAAAUCUUCCACGAGGGGCCGUCAGAAGGUAUCGCCUGAAGAUCUCCCAGCAGCUGGAGCUCCAUCACAGAGGAGGAGACCAGAGGGACCGUCAGAACAUACACAAGAUUUUCUCAUGUCUGAAAGGAUGGAGAACGUUAGACAGUUCACAGGUGAUUCAACAUUAAUUAAUUCACAAACAAGUAACAUAGUGGACUCAAAAACUACGAUGAAUAGCAAUAAAUUCAUCUCGGACUCAACUCAAAGACUGCCUGGGGCUGGUGCGCCUUCUAGAGAAUCAGUUGAUGUGAACAAACCUGUCACUACUGAUUCUGAAUACUACGAGAAUGUUAUGAGAAUGCAAAGUUCAGAUACGAACAUUUCGAAAAACUAUAGCACCGAAACAAUAACGAAUAUCACUGACUCAAGAAAUACUAUGGAUAGAACAGUAACAGGCGAAGAGAGAUACAUAAGUACCGAACCAAGAAAAAUCUCUUAUGAUAAAAUGCCAGCAGCAGGAAUGCCUACUUGGGUAGCGGAUGAGCAUAAUCCUAUAAAGCCGACAAGUGAAGAACCUGACGUAUUGCCACGAAGGGAAACUAGAUUACAUCCAGAAGAUUUUCCACCAGCAGGACGUUCUGGGAUACCUGCUAAAAGAAGCGAUUCUCCAUCAAAACAAGCUUCUUCAGAUAUUACCACAAAUACUGAAUACAUUGACCACAGAACUGAAUCUAGUUCACAUCAUCAGUCAGUACGAACGGUCGAUGAAAGAGUAUCGAGAAAUGGAGAAACAGUUUACCACAGCUCAGUUACUGAUCGAAAUACUUCAGACAGACACCCUCAUAAAAUAACUGCACCUGAAGAUUUGCCCGCAGCUGGUGCUCCUUCAAGGAAAGUGGAAAAAGAUCUACCACCGGCGAAUAAAAAUGUAUCACCAAGAAAAGAAACUAAAUUGCGCCCAGAAGAUCUGCCAGCUGCUGGGAGUAGGAAGAAACCAGCUAGAAGAAGUGACUCCCCAUCCAAGACAAUACCGUCCACAAAUACUACAACUUCUCUACAUUCCGAUACUAUAACUGACUACAAUACUACUGUGAUAACUGAUUCUACCUCACGUCAUGAAUCAACACAUAUGGCUGACGAAAAAGUCAUGAGAGAUGGAAAAACCAUUUAUCACACUUCAGUUACCGAAAAAAGCACAUCAGACGAUCAACCAGAAAAAAAACCACGAAGCAAGAUUGCACCCGAAGACUUACCAGCAGCUAAAGCGACUACGAGAAAAACAGAAAAAUAUUUGCUAACUCACCAGAAACCAUCGAGUCUUGAAAAGGAAACUGAAAUACCAAUUAAAAAAAAUAGAUUACGUCCAGAAGAUUUGCCAGCUGCUGGAGAUACAACUAUUAGAAGUGGUUCUCCUUCCAAACAAAUUCCAAUAGGAGAUACUACAGUUGCUCAUCAAACUCAUACUAGUAUUGACCACGAAACUAGUCUGGUAACUGAUUCAAAGUCACAUCAUCAAUCUAUUCAUGUAGUUGAUGAAAAAGUUUCGAAGAAUGGAGAAAUCAUUCAUCAUACUGCAAUCACUGAUAGAAGCACAUCAGACCAACAAGGGAGAACUCCUCAUGGUAAACUUGCACCAGAAAACUUGCCAGCAGCUGGAGCUUCAACGAGGAAGGUGGAAAAAUAUAUCCCAGAUAACCAGAAGCCAUCAAAACCUGGAAUGAAACCUGACUCUCCAAAAAAAGAUACUCGUGUGAGACCAGAAGAUUUGCCAACAGCUGGCAGACCUUCGAAAACAAGUGAAUAUUCUGAGAGUAUCACCAAUUACUCAACUGAUAUAGUAGUUGAUUCAAAAUCACAUCACGAAACUAUUCGAUCAGUUGAUGAGACAAUUUUGAGAGAUGGGGAAAUAGUUUAUCAUACUUCGGUAACUGAUAAAAGCAAAUCAGAUCAACCAGAGAGAAGAGCACCUGUUAAACUUGCACCGGAAGAUUUACCAGCAGCUGGAGCGACUAUAAAAAAACCAGUCAGAUACUCGCCAGACCACCAUAAGCCUAGACAAGGGCCAGAACCUUCAAAUGAAGGAACUAGAUUGCGUCCAGAGGAUCUGCCAGCAGCUGGAAGCCCUUCAACUAAACCAACUAGAAAAACUGAUUCUCCAUCCAAGCCAAUACCGUCCAGAGAUACAAGAAUUUCUCAACACACUGAUCUAAUUGAUGACUAUAAAUCUAGUACAGUAACUGAUUAUAAAUCACAUCAUGAAUCUAUGCUGAUAGUGAAUGAAACUCUCUCGAAGAAUGGAGAAACCGUUUAUCAUAGUUCUGUUACGGAUAGAAGCACAUCAGACCAACAAGCGAGAACUCCUCAUAGUAAACUUGCACCAGAAGACUUGCCAGCAGCUGGAGCCCCUACAAGGAAAGUAGUGGAAUAUUUAACAGAAAACCAGAAACCAUCAAAACCACCUGGAAAAGGACCUGAAUCACCCAAAAAACAAACUCGUGUGAGGCCUGAAGAUCUACCAACAGCUGGUAAACUGUCUAAACCAACCAGAAAUGAGGUUAUAAGCGACUACACGACUAAUGAAAUAACUGAUUCAAAAUUUCACGAAACAAUUCGUGUAGUUGAUGAAACAGUUUUGAUAAACGGUGAAACAGUAUACCAUACUUCGGUUACUGAUGUGAACACAUCAGACCAACACAAGAGAACUCCGCAUGAUAGACUAGCGCCUGAAGAUUUUCCAGCAGCUGGAGCACCAACAAAGAAAACAGAUAAACAUCCACCAGCCGACCAGGAUUACCAGAAACCAUCAUCUACUGGCAAGGAACCCAAAAAAGACACUAGAUUGAGCCCUGAAGAUCUUCCUGCUGCAGGAAUGAGACCUAAACCACGCGAUCGAGGCCCUAUUGAUGAGAAGCCAACAAAACGAUCAAAAUCUCCAAGCAAAAAAGAUGAAACUCGUCCUGAUCAAUUACCAACAGCUGGAGUCCCUUCAAAACAAACUGAUAAAUACUCACCUUCAAAAGUUCCAGAAAAGAAAACGUCAACUGAAACUUUCGAAACUGUUUCAGACUUCAAAGAAUCAAAGACUAAUGCAGAAAUCUACUCUACUACUACUAUCAUCGAUUCCUUUGACAAUAAAACAACCAAGGGGGUGAAAUCACUGAAUGAUGAACCAGAAGAUAGAAAACCGAAAAAACAUGGGCCUUCAGAUACUUCGGUGAUUUCUAGAAAACCAACAAAUACUGUAGUUGAAAACUAUGAGUCUGUGAAUGAGGUUAUUGAUAUCAAGUCAAGUAUGACCUCGGAUUUUCGUACAGAAACGAUUGUGAAUAAUACCAUUGUGGAGAACUACACCGAUAUUGUGGAUCGUACUGACAAAACAUUCAUCAUAGAAGAUGUGACUAACAGAAAAGUUGUCGAUUCUGUGGAUAAAGUCGACAAAACAUUCAUCAAAGAGGACAUCAUAGAUAUUAAAGAUAUAGAAGAAAUUGAGAAUAUUACGAAUAUCAAGAAGGUGGUCGACAAUAAAGUCAUCAAAGUUGAAAAAAUUAUCAAGGAACCUGAACCCAAGAAGCCCCACUAUGUAGUCCCCCAGAAAGAAAAAUGUAUUUGCGAACUCUGUGUAUGUGGACGCCACACUUGUCCACACAAUCCAGAAGACUACAAUGACCACCUGCACCUGGAAGGUCCGUUCUUGGGCGAACCGAGGAAUGACUACAGCGCUACGAAAGGCGAGCGAUUCCCUGUCAAGAAACCGGAAGACCACCUCAAACCAGAGGGCGAGUUCGUCAAACGCGAACCAGAACCGUGGCAACCAGGCGAAAGAGCACCAGUAAAGAAACCACAGGAUAACCUCAGGCCUGAGGGAGACUUUGAACGACCUGAGAAAACAGGUUGGUCUCCUGCUGAGAGGCCCCAGCAAAAAAGACCCGAGGACAAUUUGAGGCCAGAAGGUGAUUUCCAAAGACCAGCGAAACCAGAGUGGUCACCAUCCGAAAGACCAAAACAGAAGAAGCCCGAGGAUAACUUGAAACCUGAGGGCGUUUUCGAGCAACGCACUCCGGAAAAAUGGCGUCCAGGUGAAAGACCAGAAGCUAAGAAACCUGAAGACAAUCUCAGACCCGAGGGAGACUUCGAGAGACCUGAGAAGCCUGGAUGGUCUCCAGGGGAAAGACCCAAACAGAAAAGACCAGACGACAACUUGAGGCCAGAAGGUGAUUUCGAGAGGCCUGAGAAGCCUGGAUGGUCCCCAGGGGAAAGACCCAAACAGAAAAGACCAGACGACAACUUGAGGCCAGAAGGUGAUUUCGAGAGGCCUGAGAAGCCUGGAUGGUCCCCAGCGGAAAGACCCAAACAGAAAAGACCAGACGACAACUUGAGGCCAGAAGGUGAUUUCGAGAGGCCUGAGAAGCCUGGAUGGUCCCCAGCGGAAAGACCCAAACAGAAAAGACCAGACGACAACUUGAGGCCAGAAGGUGAUUUCGAGAGGCCUGAGAAGCCUGGAUGGUCCCCAGGGGAAAGACCCAAACAGAAGAGACCAGACGACAACUUGAGGCCAGAAGGUGAUUUCGAGAGGCCUGAGAAGCCUGGAUGGUCCCCAGCGGAAAGACCUAAACAGAAAAGACCAGACGACAACUUGAGGCCAGAAGGUGAUUUCGAGAGGCCUGAGAAGCCUGGAUGGUCCCCAGGGGAAAGACCCAAACAGAAAAGACCAGACGACAACUUGAGGCCAGAAGGUGAUUUCGAGAGGCCUGAGAAGCCUGGAUGGUCCCCAGGGAAAAGACCCAAACAAAAAAGACCAGACGACAACUUGAGGCCAGAAGGUGAUUUCGAGAGGCCUGAGAAGCCUGGCUGGUCCCCAGCGGAAAGACCAACGCAGAAAAAGCCCAAGGAUAACCUUCGUCCAGAAGGCGAUUUCGAAAUUCCAGAACCUGAGGAAUGGAAACCUGCAGAGCGACCUCAGCAAAGGAGACCAGAAGACAAUCUAAAACCGGAAGGGGAAUUUGAUAGACCUCAGAAGCCCAAGUAUCAUCCAGGUGAAAGGCCAGUUGCAAGAAAACCUACGGAUAAUUUGAAACCUGAAGGAGAAUUCACUGGUACGAGAACAGUUAUCGAAGAUUACAGAGUAAUUCGUGGUGACAGAGCUGAGAUUACUCGCCAUGAAGACAACAUCAUUAUUGAAGGAGAAUUCACUGAUAUAACCACUAGUAAAGUUGACUUCACUGGCGAAUCAGGACCAAGACCCAGCCCCGUUCGUAGGAACACCUGGACCAAAUUAGAAGGGGACUUCACCGAUGACACUACAACAAAAUCUGAAUUUAUAGAUCACAGCAGCACUGUGGUGAAAAAUAUUGUAAAGAAACGGCAAGAUAAUCUGACAGUAACAGGGGAUAUGACUUUCGAUACAUCUUCCACCCUGGAGUACACAAAAAAAACACCUACAGUUGACAGAAGAAGACAAACGUGGACCAAAGAUGAAGUUGACAAGUUUUAUGGUACUGAAACAACAGAAGUCGUUACAACUUCACAAGAUGUAUACAAAAACUACGACACCACCGACUUCCGUCAAACAGUUGUGAUUCAUCGUGAUAAUUUGAGACCUGAAGGUGAAUUUGAGCGUCCAGAAAAACCCAAAUACAAACCUACUGAACGUCCCACUGCUAAAAAACCAGAAGACAAUCUGAGACCAGAAGGUGAUUUUGAGAAACGCACACCAGAAAAAUUCAUCCCAGCAGAAAGACCCAAGCAAAAUAAGCCCGAAGAUAACUUAAGGCCGGAAGGAGACUUCGAAAGACCUCACAAACCAGAAUGGUCUCCAGCAGAGAGACCAAAACAAAAGAGGCCCGAAGAUAAUCUUCGACCAGAAAAUGACUUUGAACGUCCAGAAAAGCCGAAAUAUAGAUCAACUGAAAGACCUACUGCAAAUAAACCAGAAGAUAAUUUGAGGCCAGAAGGGGAUUUCGAAAAACGAACCCCAGAGAAAUUCAUUGCGGCGGAAAGACCCAAGCAAAAAAAGCCUGAAGAUAACUUGAAACCAGAAGGCGAUUUUGAAAGACCUGAAAAACCUGGUUGGUCACCUGCAGAUAGACCCAAGCAAAAACGACCAGAAGACAACCUUCGUCCUGAAGGUGACUUUGAUAGACCCGAAAGACCUGAGUACAAACCUGGUGAUAGGCCCGCUCCAAGAAGACCAGAAGACAAUCUAAAGCCAGAAGGCGAUUUCGAACGUCCAGAAAAACCAAAAUACAAAUCAACUGAGAGACCUUCUCCUACCAAGCCUAAAGAUAAUUUAAAACCAGAAGGAGAAUUUGAAAAACGUACCCCCGAAAAAUUCACGCCAGCUGAAAGACCUCAACAGAAGAAACCUGAAGAUAACUUGAGACCAGAAGGUGAUUUCGAGAGACCUGAGAGGCCAGAAUGGUCACCUGCUGAAAGACCAAAACAGAAAAGACCUGAAGACAAUCUUCGCCCUGAAGGAGAUUUCGAAAGGCCUGAAAAACCAAGAUAUAGAACUACUGAGAGACCAAUGCCUAGCAGACCUGAAGAUAACUUGAGACCAGAAGGCGAUUUCGAACGACCAGAAAAACCGAAAUACAAAUCAACAGAAAGACCUAUUCCUACUAAGCCUAAAGAUAAUUUGAAACCAGAGGGUGAAUUUGAAAAGCGUACUCCAGGGAAAUUCAUUCCAGCUGAAAGACCUAAGCAGAAGAAGCCUGAAGACAACUUGAGACCAGAAGGUGAAUUCCAAAAACCAGAAAAACAAGAAUGGUCACCUGCAGAGAGACCAAAACAGAAACGACCAGAUGAUAAUCUUCGCCCUGAAGGUGAUUUCGAGAGACCAGAUAGACCAGAUUAUAAACCUGGAGAAAGGCCUGCUGCCAUUAGACCAGAAGAUAACUUGAGACCAGAAGGCGAUUUCGAACGACCAGAAAAACCGAAAUACAAAUCAACAGAAAGACCUAUUCCUACUAAGCCUAAAGAUAAUUUGAAACCAGAGGGUGAAUUUGAAAAACGGACUCCAGAAAAAUUCAUUCCAGCAGAGAGACCUAAACAGAAGAAGCCUGAAGACAACUUAAGACCAGAGGGUGAAUUCCAAAAACCAGAAAAACAAGAAUGGUCACCUGCAGAGAGACCUAAACAAAAACGGCCAGAUGAUAAUCUUCACCCUGAAGGUGACUUCGAAAGACCAGAUAGACCAGAUUAUAAACAUGGAGAACGGCCAGCUGCCAUAAGACCUGAAGAUAACUUGAGACCAGAGGGCGAUUUUGAAAGACCCGAAAGACCAAAAUACAAAUCAACAGAAAGACCUUCUCCUACUAAGCCUAAAGAUAAUUUGAGACCAGAAGGAGAAUUCGAAAAACGAACUCCAGAAAAAUUCAUUCCAGCUGAGAGACCUAAACAGAAGAAGCCUCAAGACAACUUAAGACCAGAGGGUGAAUUCCAAAAACCAGAAAAACAAGAAUGGUCACCUGCAGAGAGACCUAAACAAAAACGACCAGAUGAUAAUCUUCGCCCUGAGGGUGACUUCGAAAGACCAGAUAGACCAGAUUAUAAACCUGGUGAGAGGCCAAAUGCCAUAAGACCUGAAGAUAAUUUGAGACCAGAGGGCGAUUUCGAAAGACCCGAAAAACCAAAAUACAAAUCAACCGAAAGACCUACUCCAACUAAGCCUAAAGAUAAUUUGAAACCAGAAGGAGAAUUUGAAAAACGGAUUCCAGAAAAAUUCAUUCCAGCUGAGAGACCUAAACAGAAGAAGCCUGAAGACAACUUAAGACCAGAGGGUGAAUUCCAAAAACCAGAAAAACAAGAAUGGUCACCUGCAGAGAGACCUAAACAAAAACGACCAGAUGAUAAUCUUCGCCCUGAAGGUGACUUCGAAAGACCAGAUAGACCAGAUUAUAAACAUGGAGAACGGCCAGCUGCCAUAAGACCUGAUGAUAACUUGAGACCGGAAGGAGAUUUUGAAAGGCCACAAAAGCCAAAAUAUGAAUUAACAGAAAGGCCUUCUCCUACAAAGCCCAAAGAUAAUCUCAAACCUGAAGGAGAUUUUGAGAAACGCACUCCAGAGAAAUUCAUACCAGCUGAGAGACCUGAACAGAAGAAACCCAAAGACAACUUGAGACCAGAAGGUGAGUUUCAAAAACCAGAAAAGCAAGAAUGGUUACCUGCAGAAAGACCGAAACAAAAACGACCAGAUGACAAUCUUCGUCCGGAAGGUGACUUCGAAAGACCCGAUCGACCAGACUAUAAACCCGGUGAAAGGCCAGCUGCCAUCAGACCAGAAGAUAACCUUAGACCAGAGGGAGACUUUGAACGACCCGAAAUACCAAGAUAUAAAUCAACAGAAAGGCCUACACCCACGAAGCCGAAAGACAAUUUGCGCCCAGAAGGAGAUUUCGAGAGACCUUCCCCAACUCAUCUUGGACCAGCAGAGAGAAGGAAGCCUAUCAAACAUGAGGACAAUCUUCAUCCAGAAGGGGACUUCGAACGUCCAACACCUACCAAACUUGGCCCAGGAGAGAGAAGAACGCCUAUCAGACAUCCCGAUAACUUGAGACCUGAAGGAGAAUUUGAGAGACCUCACCAACCAGAAUGGUCUCCUGCAGAAAGGCCUAAACAAAGGCGACCAGAAGAUAAUCUUCACCCCGAAGGUGAGUUUGAACGUCCCGAGAGACCUGGGUACAAACCAGGAGAAAAACCUACUCCUAAAAAGCCAUUGGACAAUCUUCACCCUGAAGGGAAUUUCGAACGUCCCACGCCCACCAAACUUAGUCCUAGAGAAAGAAGAACUCCUAUCAGGCACCGAGAUAAUUUGAGACCCGAAGGAGAUUUCGAAAGACCUCAGCACCCAGAAUGGUCACCUGCAGAACGGCCCAAACAAACACGACCAGAGGAUAAUCUACAUCCAGAAGGCGAGUUUGAAAGACCUGAGAAGCCAAGAUAUAAACCAGCUGAGAGACCUACUCCUAGAAAGCCAGAAGACAAUCUCCACCCGGAAGGUGACUUUGAACGUCCCACACCGACCAAACUUGGUCCAGGAGAAAGAAGGUCUCCAAUCAGACAUCAAGAUAAUCUGCGGCCAGAGGGAGAUUUCGAGAGACCCCAUCAACCAGAAUGGUCUCCUGCUGAAAGACCGAAACAAAAGCGACCAGAGGAUAAUCUGCGUACUGAAGGAGAUUUCGAAAGACCAGAAAAACCUGGUUAUAAACCUGGUGAGAGACCAGUCCCAAGAAAGCCUGAAGAUGAUCUGAAACCUGAAGGUGAUUUCGAACGGCCUGAAAAACCUAAAUACCAAUCCACAGAGAGACCUAGUCCCAAGAAACCAGAAGAUAAUUUGAAACCAGAAGGCAAAUUCGAGAGACCUCAUAAACCAGAAUGGUCGCCAGCUGACAGACCCAAACAGAAGAAGCCUGAGGAUAAUCUACGUCCAGAAGGUGAGUUUGAGAGACCAGACAUAGUAGAAGUUGGGCCCGCAGAACUGAGGAAACCCAUCAAACACGAUGAUAAUCUCAAACCUGAAGGUAAAAUGACGAUGGUGAAAAGGAAUGAUUACAACGUUGUUCGUGGUGAACGAGUUGAUAUAAUCAAACAUGAGGAUAAUCUGAGGAUGGAAGGAGAAUGGAAUAUGAGGCGACGAGAUGACUACACAAAAACCACAGUCGUCGACAGAGCCCAAAUAAUCAGACAUGAUGACAAUUUGAGAGUAGAAGGGGACUUUUCAGAUUUGAGAACAAGAGACGAUUACAAUGUUGUAAAAGGAGAAAGAUGUGAUAUAAUUCGCCGGGAAGAUAACCUCAGAAUCGAAGGCGAAUUCAGCGACUACAGAAAAAGAGACGAAUUCACUACGCAUACCGAAAGGAGGCAAGUGGUGCGUCAUGAAGACAAUUUGAAACUCGAAGGUGAUUUCGAGAGACCCACCCCAACUCAACUUGGACCAGCAGAGAGACGAAGACCUAUCAAACAUGGUGAUAAUCUCCAUCCGGAAGGAGACUUUGAACGACCUUCACCAACAAAACUUGGCCCAGGAGAGAGAAGAACCCCUAUCAAACAUCCAGACAACUUGAGACCUGAAGGAGAUUUUGAUAGACCUCACCAACCAGAAUGGACUCCUGCAGAACGGCCUAAACAAAAACGACCAGAGGAUAACCUUCAUCCAGAAGGAGAAUUUGAACGACCCGAAAGACUUGGGUACACACCAGGAGAAAGACCGACUCCUAAGAAGCCAGAAGACAAUCUUCACCCUGAAGCAAGUUUUGAACGCCCUUCACAUGCCAAAGUUGGCCCUGGAGAGAGGAGGACACCUAUCAGACAUCCAGAUAAUUUGAGACCUGAAGGUGAUUUCGAGAGACCUCAUCACACAGAAUGGUUACCUGCUGAAAGGCCUAAACAAAGGCGACCAGAGGAUAACCUCCAUCCAGAAGGUGACUUUGAACGGCCCAAAACACCUGGGUACAAACCUGCUGAAAGACCUACUCCUAAAAAACCAGAGGACAAUCUUCACCCUGAAGGAAGUUUUGAACGUCCUUCACCUACCAAACUCGGCCCUGGAGAAAGGAGGUCACCUAUCAGACAUCCAGAUAACUUGAAACCUGAAGGAGAUUUCGAGAGACCGCAUCAGCCAGAAUGGUCACCUGCUGAAAGACCUAAACAAAGGCGACCAGAAGAUAACCUCCAUCCAGAAGGUGAGUUCGAGCGACCGGAGAGAACUGGUUAUAAACCUGGCGAAAGACCUACUCCUAAGAAGCCAGAAGAUAAUCUUCGCCCUGAAGGGGAUUUCGAACGUCCCACACCUACUCAACUUGGUCCAGGCGAAAGAAGAACUCCUAUAAGACAAUCAGACAAUUUGAAACCUGAGGGUGAAUUUGAAACACCCAAGAAACCUGGUUACCAACCAGGUGAGAGACCCACUCUGAAGAAACCUCAAGAUAGCCUACGACCUGAGGGAGAUUUUGAAACACCUACCAAACCCAAGUAUUCUCCGGGAGAAAGAGCAACAAUUGUCAAACAUCAAGACAACCUGAAAGUAACCGGGGAGUUCGAAGAUACAACGAUGACAAAGUCACAGUUUACAGUGGUGAGAGGUGAGCGAGCUGAGAUUAAGAAAUACGAAGAUCAAAUCAGAGUUGGUAGCGGCAAGAUGGAUUGCGUUACAACAACACAUGAAACUUUCGAUGUCAACACACCAAAGAAAUCUCCUGUCACCCUUGGUACUCCUGGGUCGACGACAGUAGUCAACAAUCGUAGACAUAUGCAAUCUCACUUCACUCUAGGAAACGAUACAACGAAUAUGCAAACUACCAAUCAGAGCAAUUACAAUACUUUCACCAGGAAAACUGAUCGAAAAACUGUUAUCGAUAAUAAGGAAAUUUCCAAUGUUGAUAAACAUGUCGUUAGUGUUACACAAAAAGAAAAUCUAGUAGAUCGAAAGACGAAAUUCAUCGAUAACAAAACCAUCAAGAAGGACGAUAAAAUCUAUACAGAUGUUUCUUCUGAUAAAAAAACUCUUCAGGAUGGUACGAUUGUCGUUACGACUGUAAAAAAGAUAACUACUGUUGGAGGACAACAAAGGAGCCACGUUGAUAGUACUAGACAACAUCACGAGAAAGUGAUUGUUAAUGAAACGAGUAACGAUGUUAGAAGAUCGUCUCAAAUAGAUCAGCAAAGAAAUAAUGUCAGUUCAACGAACGUAACCAACGUGAAGCAAAACCAUGUAGUGCAUUCAUCAAGUCACACAGAUCUAUCAUCUCGAAGUAAUACCGAGAAUCAUACUUCACAAAGUAAUAUUAUUAAUUCAUCGAGUCAGAGGAAGGUGUCGAAUCAACAUACGGCUCAGCAAAACAACAUAAUCCAUUCCACGAGUCACCAUGACAUAACCAAACAGCACACACAUAGAAAUGUAUCCCAGAGCAAUAAUAUCAUUCACUCCUCCAGUCAGAACAUUUCGAGACGAAACGUCGAUAAGAACGUUUCCCAAUCCACUUAUCACAAGAAAGAUGCAAUCACUAAUGAAGAAAUCAAGAACCAAAUACUACAUCGCAAAGGUCACCAUACGUCUACAGAAGCGUUACACGCGACUAGUUCCUCAGCACUAGACAUGAGGAAGUCGGUCUGUAACUUGCAUGAUCAAGGUAGAACAACAGUGAACACAGAAAGGCACAGCCUCAGUUCAAUGCAUAGAUCGAACCAGGAGUCAAAUAUCUCCAACAGGAGGAACCAACAGUUCAGUCACCAAGUGGUUGAGCGGCCUCAGAAGAUUGUGAGGAAAGAUAACUUGUCUGUUGGCGGACACUUCUAUGGAGAAUCUGAGGCUAAGUCGUAUGGAGGAUUCACUAAGCAACAGAACGUGCAACACGUAGAAAGGGUGCACAGGAGGUCUAAUGUUUCCAAUAUUACUCUGGGAGAGAGCAACGUACAGGUGGUGACUUCCUACAAGAAGGAGUAUGCUCCUAGGAACGUAGGCCCUUGUCCUGCUGGUUUGGUGGAUGCACCAAAGGGCCCCUUCAAGCAUACCAGGGACACGAAAUCUCAUAAAUUCUAUAUGCCCUUGAUAACAAAAUAG